AUCAGUCAGGGUUGGGCCCGGGUUUCUGUCGGUGGUAUCGUGAUCCCUCCCUGCUUUUCACAUUCUGAUCUCAUUGCUCUUCAUCUUCUACAAAUUCCACUAUUCUCAACACUCAUUGCACAUUUACAUACAGCUACGUAUAUGUAUAUGCAUCUCUGCUGAAAAACAAACGCAAGACACUAACAGAAAUACAGAGUUUUGUCAAAAUAUGGCAGUGAAAAUUAGGGUUUUGAAAGCUGUUGUGGGGUUGAUAGCAUUGUGCCUGGCAGGGUACAUAGUAGGCCCACCUCUGUAUUGGCACUUAUUGGAAGGCUUAGCUGCCGUCAGCCGCUCUUCUUCCGCCUCCACUUGCCCUGCUUGCAUUUGUGACUGUGAUUCUCAGCCUCAUCUCACCAUUCCGCAAGGACUGAGUAAUGCAUCCUUUGCAGAUUGUGCAAAGCGUGAUCCUGAUGUGACCGAAGAUACUCAAAAAAACUUUGCAGAGCUAUUGUCAGAGGAAUUAAAACUGCGAGAAGACGAAGCUUUGGAAAAUCAGCAGCGUGGUGAUAUGGCACUGCUUGAGGCUAAAAAAAUGACAUCCCAAUACCAAAAAGAGGCAGACAAGUGCAAUUCUGGGAUGGAGACAUGUGAAGAGGCUAGAGAAAAGGCUGAAGCAACUCUACUGGCACAAAAAGGGCUGACUUCUAUGUGGGAGCUGAGAGCACGCCAAAGAGGAUGGAAGGAGGGAACCACCCGUUCUCAUUCCCAGUAAGUAGUAACACUGAUAUGCAGGUUAUGCAAAGCGCCGUUGGUUUCAUAUAUAAUUAUCCCAAGUAGAUGGAAGUUCUGUCCACCACAUCUAAUCUCAAAGAGGGCAUGAGGUAUGUGAGUAUUAUCCAAGUCUAAAGCAGAUAAUCCAUUUGAGCGUGUAUUCGGAAUUUUGGACUUUUUCCCUAUUCAAUUUAUUUGUUGAAAACUUGUAACAAGAUUCCAUUUGGAGAAGUGUUACGUGAUAGCAUUACUAAAGGUACGUGAAAAAAUUGUUGGAGUAAUUUCAGUUUGGAACAUAUUCAUCUAUAUGUUGGAAUAGUUGAAAGUAUUGAUUAUAUUCGUCCUUCAAUGUGCCCAAAACUGGGAGAGAUGUUCGGUUUA